GAGCGCUGUCCUCCAGAAGCACUUUAUUCCGAGAGAGACGCGCAUCCGUCAUGCACCUCAGAUGGGCCUUGGAUUGCCCUGAUGAUGAUGAACACCCCGUGUCCACCCCGGGACGUUCCCAACUCGAGACGAGACCCACGAGACAACUACCAACUUAAUUCAGGAGUGUGAUUAAUUAAAAACGGCUCUGUAAUGGAAGGCACGCACACGGUGCUGCGUCUGUACAAACCCAUCCAGGAGCUGUGCUUCAUCAGUCUCUACUUCCCAACGAGGAAGUCCCGAGGUUUCCCACGAGCUGACCAAACCCCUCGUGAAGUCCAGCCUCGGGAUGAAGACGCUAAACAAAGAGGCCAGUAUUCCUGCGAGGUGACAAAAGCAGCGGUCACACAGCUCCACUGGCUGACCACAGAACACCAUCAGCUGCUGACGCACCUCUUGUCUUUAUGCAGCGACUGCACACACAGGAUUAGGAUGGGCAACCAGGACGGGAAGCUCCUGGAAGGAUACAGGGAACAUCUCGGAGGUGAUGUCAGCAGCACUUUUUCUCUGUCCCCAGAGCAUAAGACAGCAGCUUCAAGAGUUCAUAAGCUGAAGAACCUGGGUUCUAAGAAGAUGGACAGUGCUGAAGAGUUCUUGCAGAGUCAGAUAAAGAAGAAAGUGCGACGUGGAGCAUCUGAGUUUUCACCGAAAACACGCGAAUCUCCAAUCACCUUCCGUGGCCGUGAUACUUCAUAUAUCAGCGUCUCCAGCAAGCCUUUUCUUCCAAUGGAGGAGCACUUCCAGAUCGCCAACGAUAACGACUGGGAUUUUAUGGAAGAACUUCAUUCUUUUGAACCCGAGAUGGAUCCGUCGGAGAUUGAUAACCAGCUCACUCUGGAUUACGAUCAAGCUCUGGGAAAUGGGAAUAUUGGGGGAAACCGACGAGGUCAAUCCACCUUCGGAAGUUUGGAAACCAAUCAAAGAGAUGUGGGAAGUGAUGAUGUGGCUACAAAACAAAGCCAUACGGCUUCCAAAGAGAAACUUGUAUCUGGUUCCAGCUUGGAUGUGGAUCACCGCAGCCAGCGAGCUGCACAAGAAGAGAUGAAGCUUGUUACUCGAGUGAACACUGAGUCAAACUUCUCACCCUCCAACUGUAGAAGCUCUAAACUUCAUCCCUGGAGCAGAAGCCCUACAUCCAUCUCUAUGUCUGGGGUCUUCAACAUGUCUUAUCCUCCUGCCAACAGUCUCCAGAGCAUGUCUCCUGUCUUAUCACCUCGGUCUUCUCUCCUUUCGAGUCCCCAAAUGAACCACCGGAUUGUGUUGCUGCCUGAGGAUGAUGGAAAUAAACGCUCCUCGAGAGACGAGCCCAAAGUCUCCACAGAGGUCACCGACAAAAACGGCAACCAUCGGACGAUCACACAGUUAGACCUGAACCUCGGCGAUCAUUUCUAUCUGAACGGAGCCAGUACAUCGACCUCAGAAAAAUCUCAGUUGCGUCCGGAGGAUAUCUGGAUGCUGGAUGUGGAUGAAUCCAUUACCCAGGAGGCUUUGCGGCGUCCCAGCAGACCGGAUCACCUGGACUUCCUGAGAAUCACGCCGCCAGAGGACGACAUCAUCGGAGAAACUCCGUACAAUCCCAAACUCGGAACGACGACAGCGCAGAACUUUCUCCAGGAGAAAUACAAGACUCCGCUGGAGCAGGAAGUGCUCUGA